AUCACAAAGUAAAGUUUGUUUUGAAACAGUCAUAACCUCCUUUUCCAGCUCCUCCGGUAACACACGAAAGACUCCACCGCUCUAACCUUCGUCGUUGCCGCUCCUUUCUCAAACACACCCACGCAGCAAGGAAUUAUGUCACCUAUGAGAUUAACAAGGUCAAAUGACUUAUGCAUUUUCUCUAUUGGGAAAGAUUCUUAAGAUGGGUUAUCAGCCGAAUAUCGUAACCUUGACAACCCUUAUAAAAGGCCUUUGUCUUAAAAAUGACAUUCAGAAAGCAUUGUACUUUCAUGAUGAUCUUAUCGCUAAGGGAUUUCAGCUCAACCAGGUUAGUUACGGGACAUUGAUCAAUGGCUUGUGUAAAAUGGGACAUACAACACCUGCCCUCCAACUGUUGAGACGGCUCGAAAAAGGAUCAGUCAAGCCUGGUUUGGUAAUUUACAGUACAAUCAUUGAUAGCAUGUGCAAAACUAAGCUUGUAGAUGAUGCUUGUGAAUUAUUUUCUGAAAUGGUUAACAAGGGAAUUUUUCCAGACGUUGUCACUUAUAGUGCUCUAAUCUAUGGUUUUUGUAUUGUGAAUAAAUUAAAAGAAGCAAUUGUUUUGUUGAACGAAAUGGUAUCGAAAAACAUCAACCCAAAUGUUUAUACCUUUAAUAUAUUGAUCGAUGCGUUUUGUAAGGAGGGAAAGAUGAAAGAAGCUAAAAGUGUGUUAGCUAUGAUGAUGAAACAAGGCAUGAAACCUGAUGUAGUUACUUAUAAUACUUUAAUGGAUGGGUUCUGCCUUCGUAAUGAAGUGAGCAAGGCCAAAUAUAUAUUCAACACUAUGGUCCAAAGGGGAAUGAUGCCCAAUGUUAAGAGCUACAGUAUUAUGAUCAAUGGGUUCUGUAAGAGUAAAAUGUUGGAUGAAGCCAUCAAUCUCUUUGAAGAAAUGCAUUUCAAAAAUAUCUUUCCCGAUACGGUAACUUACAGCACUCUUAUUGAUGGCUUGUGCAAAUCAGGGAGAAUUUCCUAUGCUUGGGAGCUUGUUGAUGAGAUGAGUGACAGAGGUCAACAACCCGAUGUAAUCACCUACAAUUCCUUCUUGUACACUUUGUGCAAAAAUCAUGAACUUGACAAGGCAAUUGCAUUAGUCAAGAAAAUUAAAGACCAAGGUAUCAUGCCAGAUUUGUACACGUACAGUACCCUAAUUGAUGGACUUUGCAAAGGUGGGAGGCUUAAUGAUGCACUAAAGGUUUUUAAUGAUCUUUUGGCUAAAGGAUACAAUCUAAAUGUCGUAAUGUACACAACUAUGAUUUGUGGACUUUGUAAUGAGGGCUUGUUUGAAGAAGCAUUUGUUUUGCUUUCAAAAAUGGAAGAUAAGGGCUGCUUUCCUAAUGCCUUCACUUUUGAAAUAAUGAUUUGUGCACUCUUCGAAAGCGGUGAGAAUGAUAAAGCAGAGAAACUUCUACGUGAAAUGAUUUCUAGAGGUCUACUAUAAGAGCAAAACUCGGUAUAACACUCUCUUGUUACAUGUCGUUAUUUUCAAUUUUUAUGAUUAUCUUCGUGAAAUGAUUGCUUAUCAGUUAUUUGUUUGCUGUUAUUAAAUUACUGUGGUGAUAGUUGUAUUUUCUGUUUUGAGUUUUCUAUUACACCUUAUUGUGUAUCGGUAAUUGUUCAAUGCCCGAUAUAUGUAGUGUUAGAAAUACCAGAGUUAGCAGAUCUCUUGAUUGUACAAUCUCGAUUUCCCAUCAUUUCUUCGUUUUUCAUUGAAAACUGAUAGCAUUACAGGUAUUAAAUUGAAAAAGAUGGAAUAUGAAUACUGCACCAGAGCCACUGUGGCAACAACUAAGUUAUUGUAUAUGUCAAUAAGCCAGUUUCAAUUAAUUAGUUUCAGGUGAAGUAACAGUUGAAUGUAUGUAACAAUUGAGAUCUAUUUGACUAUAAGCGUAGACUUGGCUGCUUCUUUCUUACAGUUGCA